CCUCACCCUCCGAUGGCAGGUUAGGUUAGGAAUAAGCCAGGUUUAGCAACCAAAAGUGGAAGGCCCCACCCCAGCGUUCCAGACUGAUCCACUAAAACCCGGUCUGUCUCAUGGGACUGUCAACCUCUUACAGUUCCUGUAAAUUCCCCUCGCCACACAUUACCGCCUUCCUCCCUUCCACGACCAUCUGUCCAGGUUCCUCGCCCAUCCGACCUGAACGAACCAAAAGACCAAGCACGAUGGGAGAAGCCGCAACACUGACCAGCCCAGACAAAGAGCUGUACCAGACCAAGUUCGAUCCAAAGGCCUACCUGACCUUCUGCUACCAGCUCGUGGAGUCACCGAAGCAGAAGGACAACAGUCGUUUUGUGACGUUUACACUGUGUCAUCUGAGCCAGGCCUUCUCAUCAGGCAAGUACAGGGGCCAGAGGCUCAUCGAGGUGGGCACGGGACCCACCAUCCACACGCUCAUCAGUGCCUGUGACUACUUUGAGGAGAUUGUGGUUUCUGAUUAUUCAAAUGCCAACAGGAACGAGCUGGAGAAGUGGCUGAGUGCGGAGGAGGACUGCUUCAACUGGGACGCACACAUCCAGUUUGUCUGUGACCUGGAAAAGAAAAGGACCCCAGAGGUGGUCAAGCAGACCCUCCGCCGCAAGAUCAAGCAGGUUUUAAAAUGUGACGUCAGCAUGGAGAACCCGUUCCACCCGGUGGUGGUGGAACCAGCGGACUGCGUCGUGUCGUCCCUGUGCUUGGAGGCCGCCUGUAAAGACCACCAUGACUACAGGCGCUCACUGGGGACCAUGGUGGGCUUGCUGAGGGAGGGGGGGCUGCUGGUGCUGAUCGGAGACCUGAACGAGACCUUCUACACGGUGAAGGGUCAGCGGUUCUCCUGUGUGAGCGUGAGCGAGGAGUUUAUCAGGCAGACCCUCGGCGAGCUGGGCCUGACUGUGCUGGGCUUUGAGGUGCAGCCCGCUGGGGAGAGAGACCCCAGUCUCAAAUGUGAUUAUGAAGCCUCUUUCUUCCUCUUGGCUCAAAAAAAGUGAAUAAUACCACGUUCUUUGUUAGAACAGUGUGAGCUAAUCUAACAAAUAAAUUACAAAUACAAGUAGAAAAGGGUGAAUGAGGUGUUUUUGUUGUUG